UUGAUCGUGUACAUAACUCGCGAAAGAGAAGUAGAUGUCUCUUCGUAAUUUAUAUUUAUCAACAAACAUUUUUCUUAGAUUUAUGAAGUAAAUAAUUUAGAUGUUACAUAUCGCGUAGUAGAAAAUAUUCUUAUGAAAUGAUUUAAUAUUAUGAUAUUUUGCAUAUCAUUUAUUAUCUUUAUAUAUGCGAAUAACAUUUUCUCGAUUAAAACAGGCGAUGAUAACAUAUAUUGCCGUGAGAAGAAUAGAUUGAUUACUUCCGAAGAUAGUGACGAAUACUUGCUUGCAAGUGCUGAAAUUAAUACGAUGGUAAAGUUACUGUGCCGAUACUGUAAUGAUAAUGAAGAAAAACAACCUAAAAUAUGGUAUUAUCAAGAUCGGUUGCAAACUUUACCAGAGAAAGAAGUACCGUUAGGAAUGGACAAUAAUGUGUCAUAUAAUAGAAUUUAUGUAACGUUAGAUCUUUCAUUAAUUAUAAAAGAUAUUGAAAAGACAGAUGCUGGAAUUUAUCGAUGUCAUGGUCAAGAAGGGCAAGAGGAAGAAUACAAAUUUAAUUAUAGAAUAGAACCAAUGUUAAAAGAUCAAAGAGAUACAUUUAUAGAAACAGGAAACAUUACUAAAUGGGAAGAGUAUCGUGUGAUAAACUUAUUAUCUGUGACUACACGCUUUGCUAUAUCUAGAAUGCUUGAUCUUGUUUAUUUACGACAAGAAGGCGUCAUUCUAGAAGUAAUUUCUGAAUGGGGACCUUGGGGUCCAUGUGAAAAAUGUAUACAUAAUAAAGGAGUAAAAACUCGUAGAGGGUAUUGUAGAGUGAAGCGUCAAUUUGAUAAAACCGUAAUAUUGGAUCAUACUUCUUUACUCAUAAAAUUUUUUAAUAAAACCCCUAUGUUACCUUGCAAAUCUAUACUUCUUCAAGAAGAAUUUCCUCUUAUCAGCAGUGCUGUAAGAUAUUUGCCUGAAUUUGAUUUGGAAGAGGCAUGUAAGAAUUGUACGAAAGUAAAGAAAAAGAAAAAGGGGAAAAAAUUUAAAUAUAGAAAACAGUACGUGUUCUUAGAGGGCGCUCAUUCUGCUAUUUCGUGUCCGGAAUCAGACUUGCAAUCGCAAAUAGUUUGGAAAAAGGACUCGAUUGUUUUAAAGCAAGGCGUAAGUCGAUCGUUUCGUAAAACAGAUACUGAAGCUCGAGUGAUGGUUGAUACAUUUUCAACUCUUUACAUAAUUGAUAUUACGAAAGACGAGGAAGGUAAUUAUACAUGUUACGUCGAUAACGUCAAUAUGAUGCAAAUGAAGAUCAUUGUUGUCUCUAAAUCGAAAUUUUUUACAUUAGCAUUUAUGCGUCACAUGGGUUAUCUUGGAUUCAUAUUAUUAUUAUCUUCGUUUUGUUAUUGUUCCGGUCUGAUCAUGGCAUGUAGACGAAGAGAUACCUUCAAAGUAGUGCUUCCUGAGAAGAAAAACGAUGUGGAAGAAGAAAGUAUUCCUACAAUAUGCGUGGGAAAUGAAAAAUAAA